UUAAACAUUGUUGGUUUUUAAACAGUGAAAGGUGAAAUUUUCAGCUAAUCUACCAACAGAAAAGUUAGGAAUAUCCUGGAAAUAUUCAAUAAUAUAACUUUUGGGGGUAGUUUAACUCAAAUAUUGUUAAAUAGGAAGGUGAAUUAGCAAUACGGGUAAAUUUUGUAAAUAUGGUCAAUUUGGGGGUACACAUGUAAAAAAAACCUUCUUGCUUUUGUUCCCCAGAAUUUUAUGGUUUCAUUAUUUACUUGUUGAUACAUUGGUUUAAUUGGUGGCAGAAGAAUAGUAGAUAUGAGCAAUAUAGAGUUGCAGAAGUUACGGUUGACAGUGGAGAAAGCUAGUCAACAGAAUCGGAUGCUUGCGGUGGCCAAUUCUCAGAUGCUAUCAGAGCUCACCUCAAGUAAAGAGAGACUCAAGGCUUUGCAACAUGAGCUUGGAUGCACUGUGGCAGUACUCAGAUUGAAGAGUUUGGCAUUGGAUGAGAAGGAGAAAUUGAACAAAGAACUGAAUGCAAAGAUUAGAAUAAUGGAGAAGAAGAUGCACAAUGAACUGUAUGAUAAUACCAGAGCUGAGGGUGUCUCCACGUGUGCGGAGGUUGUGGCUGGUGCAUAUAUUGGUACUAAUAGCAUGGGUUGCAAUCAAAGUAGGAGACGUACACUUGGAAACGAAACUCUGGGGUCCACUACCUUUACUCAUCAAGCAGAGGAAAAACCAGCUAAUGAACCUGAUGAGAAUAUUAGAGCUGAGGAGGAGAAAUUGAACGGACAACUGAACGAGAAGAACAAUGAUGAGGAGGAGCAUUCCAAGUGCACUGAGGUUGCAACUGAUACAUCAGGAUGCCAUUCAGUCGAUAAAAACAUGGCCUACAAACCCAAGAGGCGAAUUCUCCGAAGUGAAAGUUUGGGUGCUUCUGCUGCUACCUUGACACAUCAAGUGGAAGCAAAGGACAAAGACACCAGAAGAAAGUCUUCAAGAAGGAGAUCCAACAUCAACUUUACAUCUGAAGAGCGCGAGUCUAAAGAUAAUUUGCUUGAUAUUGAGAAUGUCGAAGUUCCAUCUUGCCCAGUGAUAAGCGAACCUCCUAUUAAAGACAAUCCUGUUCAAUCAAAUUCUUCAGCUACUGUGACUUGUCGGAUAGAACCAGAGGAGGAAGUUGGCACAAGAGUCCGAAGGUCCUCAAGAAAGAGAGCUAACAAUCAGAAAUCCGAACAAUCUAAAGAGCAUUUUGCUGAGACAGCAGAUAUUCGAGCUCGUUCUCCAAUCCCUGACCCUGAGGAAAGAUCCUUACCUCCUCCAAAUUCAGAUGCUCCGCUGAAGCACGAAGAGAGCAAGACCCAAACUUUGCACAGAACACCGGCUAGAAGGCCAACGCGAAGGGCAGCUGAAAAGGUCACUUCAUACAAGGAAAUCCCCCUCAAUGUCAAAAUGCGAAGAAACGAGUAAAGUCGUCCGGAGCUCUUGCUGCAAUGAGAUUCGACUGAGUUCUAACUAUUGCCAGCGGAGCGCUGGUAUUCUCACUGUCCUCUUAUAUUUCGUAUAUCCAUGAUGUACAAAUGUGCGUAUACGCCUUGUAUUCCUAGAUUUAGCUUUUGCAACUUCGGUUUUUGUCAACAUACACAGCUGAUGUGUUGUAGAAAACUCAGAAUGAUGUCGUCUGGGUUCAAUAAAUACGUCUUAAACUGGAGAUGCUUUAAGGGUUGAUGUUUUGGUUU